GCCACGUAAGGGAAAUAUUGGCGAUAUUUAAUGAUUUCUGAUUUUUUGAACUAAACUAACUAGACUUGUAAGUAUAUUUUAUAUAAAAAGGGGUGACACAAAGAGAGGGCGCGACACAGUAUAAAGCUUUCUACUGGUUCUCCUGUGAUGGCUUCAUCGGCUUCGGACUUUUUGGGCUGGAAAGGUGGUUUAGAUAGCGAUGAGGUAAAACUUGAUCGAGUCUUUGGUGGAUAUGGUUCCGGAAUCGCUAACUUUGGUGAAAAGCUAAGUGUAAGUUUACCAAAAUAUAUUGAAGGAGCUAUCGAGGUGGGAAAGGUAAUCAAUCAUGCAGUUAUUGCAGUUUUAACUGGUAACAUUGCAUUUCUUGUCGAGGAUAUUGUUACUUAUGCUGGAGCUGCUAGACAUUGCAAAGCUGAGUGCAAAAGACUUAGUGAACAAUUUAAAAUAGCUCGUGAUUCGGCAAAAGAAUUAUUGGAUAAGUUAGCAGAGAAUCCAAAAGAAAUAGAAGAUAAAAGUUUUGGUUCUGCUUUAAAAGCUUUUGCUAUCGUACUAGAAGAUGGUAGAGCUGUAGUUAAACAACAUGCAGAAGCAAAAUAUGGAUUAAAAAUCUUUUAUGCAAAGAAAUUUGCGGCAGAGUUUCAAGAUAUAGAAGAAAGGUUAGAUCAAGCAUGUAGUCGACUUAAUUUUGCAAUUAAUAUUCGACAUUUUGUCAAUUCACAAGAAUUGGAAGAAACUCAUAAAACGUGGCAUGAAGAAGACAAGAUCGCUUUUGCUCAAAUAAAUAAUAUGGUCAAAGAAACUCUAGAAGAAAUUCGCGGUUAUAAACAUGCAAAAAAUGCACCAUCACUUUUAGGCACUAGAAUAAAUUCAAAUGAAUUAUCUGAUUUUGAACGAUAUAAAACAGAUAGAUUAUUUACUGCAAUUUAUCAUACUGUAAAUGAAUUUACUCGAAAACCAAAAGAUUUUAAAGUAGUUAUUAAAGUGACGUUGGCAAGAGAAUCAGUUAGCGAUGAAGUUUCACAAUUCGCAUUGGAAGUAGCUUAUUUACAAAAAUUAGCUCCCUCCCCAAAUAUUAUCGAUCUAAUCGGAGUUACCACACUUAGAGGGAAUAUGGCAUUGGUUUUAGAUUAUUGUGAACAUGAAGACUUGCAGGCUUUUAUCGCAUCUGGUAAUUUGAAAGGUGAUUGGGGAAAGAAACGAAGUAUAGCUUUGGGAAUAGCUCAGGGUAUGGCAUUUCUUCAUAAAGCUGGAAUAUUGCAUAAAUAUAUAAAUAGUGCGAAUAUUCUUCUGGAUAAAUAUUUUCGGGCUAAAAUAACUAACUUCCGAAAAUCUCGUUGGUCUAAUGGAGGAAGUCUGAGAUUAAUUGAUUCUUUUGAAGAACAAAUUCGUUGGACAGCUCCAGAAAGGCUUGGAGAUAAUGUAGCAAUUUUUACAGAAGAAUGUGAUAUAUAUUCUUUUGGAGUCGUAUUUUACGAAAUUGUAUCCGAAAAAUUUCCUUGGCAAGGGUUUCAAUUGGAUCAUGUAUAUCAUUUAAGAAAAGUUGAAGGAAAAGAAUUAAAAUUACCGCAUAACAUGCCACCAUCAAUUUCUAGCGUUUUUACAAAUUGUACGUGUCUAGUUCCAAAACGUAGAUUUAAAACUACGGAAAUCAUUGAUCAUCUUGAGGUAAUCCGACCUGAAUGUUUGGAAAAUACAUCUUAUGCUCCAGGAGAAGAUCCGGAUGGUAUUGAUUUAGGACUUGAUGAACUAAUAAAAGAAGAAGAAGAAAGAUAUUUACAUGUCAGAUCUACACGCAAUCUCGAGGUACCUUCCGAUUUUUCUGAAGAAGAAGAAAUUGAGCCUACAUUAGAUGAAAUAUUAGAGAAAGCGAAUAAUUAUCAUCUACUUCGUGAUUAUGCCAAAGCAAGAGAAGAAUAUAUAAAAGUUAUGGAUGACUUUCCACAUGCUUUAUUCCGAUUAGGAGAAUAUUACUUUUUUGGUAAGGGAGUAGAUAAAGACAUUCCAAAAUCAAUCGAAUAUCUCGAAAAAGCAGUAGAAGGUGGAGAUGGAGAUGCUAUGGAUAUGAUAGGAUAUCUUUAUUUAACAGGGCAAGGAUUAACUAGGGAUAGAAUUAAAGCUGUAAAAUAUUUUAAGAAAGCAGUCGAUAAAAACAUUCCUCAUGGAAUGUAUCAUUUAGGGGUUUGUUAUCAUAAGCCUUACGGAGGAUUGAAAAGGGAUGUGGAAGAAUCUAAAAGAUUAAUUUUGAGAGCGGCAAGUUUGGGAAUUGAUGAAGCUCAAAAGUAUGCUCAUCAACAACAUUGGGAUACGUGAGUGCAUAAUUAUUUAUAUUAUUACAUAUUCAGGGUUAGAGCUACCGCUAUAGGCAAAAAUUUCCUAUUGUAUAAAUUAUUUCACUGUAAAUUUUUUUAUAAUAGUAAAAAAUUUAUAAUAUUUAUAUAUAUAUAUAUUUAUUUAUUGUUAGUUUUAAUAUUUAUUGAUUGGUGACC